CCUGGAUUCGCAAAACAACAUUACCCACCCAAGCCAACCCAACCAACCAUGCCUCUCAAAACCGAGGCUCACGUUGCACGGGCAAGCGGCAUCACCCUCGAAAAGGUAACCUACACCGACCUUGCGCCGGACGAGCUCUACGUCGAAAUCGCGGGCGCCUCCGUUUGCCACAGCGACGUGCGCGCCGCCCAAGCGUCCUUCCACCUCAAACCCCCGCUCAUCCUGGGCCACGAAGGGGCGGGCUACGUCCUCGCCGUCGGCUCCAACGUCACGUACGUGUCGCCCGGCGACGCGGUGGUCCUGGCGUUUUGCUGGUGUGGGAUUUGUCGGCGGUGCAAGGCGGGGAAGUCGGCGUAUUGCGAGCGGAUUGGGGGGUUGAACUUUUCGGGGCGGCGGGAGGAUGGGAGGGGUGUUGUCGUCGGCGCGGAGGGGGAUGAGGGUGGGAAGGGGGAGGUGAAUGGCAAGGCGGAGGUGAGUGGGUUGUUUUUCGGGCAGAGUUCGAUGAGUCGCGUCGCGUUGGUCCGGGAGGAGUGUUGUGUUAAGGUUGAGGGGGGGUGGGGGAGGGAGGAGGUGAGAAGGUUUGCGAGUUUGGGGUGCGGGUUGCAGACGGGGGCGGGGGCUAUUUUGUACGUUUUGUUGUGAACUGCUGAUCGUGUUUGGGUUGUGUGGGAUUAUGAGGGUGAGUAAGAGUGCUGACGAACGACUUGUAGGAAUAUUGCUAAACCGCCCGAAGGAGCAUGCAUAGCCGUCUUUGGCGGCGGAGCGGUGGGGUUGGCGG